AUGCCAGACGAAAUCAUCGCCAAAUACUCCAAAAUGACUAUUGCUGAAGAUAGCGGCCCAGUCAUCACAGGAAUUCACUGCUUGGUAGCCAAAUUGCUAGGCAACCAAUUUGUCAGUGGAGAUGUCCUGGUUUAUGAAAUGAAAAAGCUGAUCGUCCUGACAGAGCACAAAAACUCGGUUGACAUCACAGAACUACAAUUCAACCACUGCCCAUUCUGGUUCAGAGUCCUAAAGAUGCCUUUGGACUACAUGACCCCAUCUUUGGCUGAGGAUAUUGGCAAUAGCAUCGAAUCCGAAAGCUACUGGACAUUAGCAAAACUUUACUCAGAAGCUCUUAUCGACUGCAAUGGAACUUCGAGAUCAUUGUAUUUCCAAUAUGAUAGACUUCCAAUCAUGUGUUGGCACUGUGGAAUUCUUGGACACACUGGAAAGGAGUGCGACCACCGCAUCCUUAAAGGAAUCAAGAUCGGCGAACAACAGGGUUGGAGCGUGCCUUUGAAAGCAAAACAGAGUCACCGUUUCGGCGACGCGACAAUCAUCGGAGCGCCAGUACCAGGUCAAGAUGAAAUUCAAGGAUAUAAUUCAAACCUAAAUCUCUCCAACUCCCCUAGAAUCCCUAGAUCCCAAAAUCCCCCACUCCCCCCAUAA